AUGCUAAAAUAUCGACUCAGAAACCGGACAAUAAAUUGCGACAGUCUAACAGCUUUCCAAGCUUCCAGGAACCCAGAACAAUUCCGUAAAUACAUCGAUUUCCGUGCACAUGCUGGACCUCUGUUUUCUGCGCUGACAUUGACUACAGGGUGGACCGAGUCAAAUGUCACUGCACUCUGUACUACGGGCUGUGCAAAUUCAUUGUCUGCAUGGCUGGCAGCGGUAGAGAGACAGUGUGAUGGCGAAACGUUGCUAUCUACAGGGGGCUACCUUUUGCCAAAAUCAAUUCCCACCGACUAUCUGCAAGGCCAUGAACUGGUCUGUCAGCAGGAUACUUCAUCGAACUGGUGCUACGUUGAGUCUCUAACGUGGCAAGGCAGUGACUAUAUCCGCUACUCUGAUAUGGCAUGUCAUAAUGAAAACGAGGAUGAGAUGCCGCCCGAAUGUAACGACCCGUGGUUUUCAACAUCGUUCAUCACACCGGAGAUGAAGGACAUCACGCGCCUCUAUGACAAGGACUUGCUAUGUAGCGAGUGUUUCAUUCAAAUCUGGAGGCAGCGACUCAUGUCGUCUAGACUCCCCAAAGACGAGUUUACAGAUUACCUCCUGGAGCAGUACGAAUCAAUCCAAGAAUUCUGCUCUGUAUCACUGCCCGUUUCAACCUACAGCUCGACUCUUUUCAUUCGGCCUACCAUCCCGACUUCUACCGUGCCGGCCACUACUGUUCCCAGUACUCCAGCCACAACCGAUACCUGCGAUGGCCAGUUUGUGGAAGCAGAUGACGAUAAACGACUUCCAUGCCUCCGAAUGUCUGAUACUUACAAUGUCAGCACAGGAACACUUGAGUAUAUCACCGGCUCAUAUAGCUGUUAUUUCGAGGGCGUAAUAUGUCUCCCAAAACCCUGUGAGCUGGAUAUUGUCUAUGGGAGUAAUACAUGCGAGGCGCUCGCAGCCAAGUACUCGACCGAUGACUCACCCGUGUCUCUGACUCAGUUUCUGGCAUGGAAUCCGUAUCUUCAAGGUACCUGUGACCGCGUAAAUCAUGUUCAGAGAAUAUGCAAAGGGCCUCCAGGUGGUCGCUUUAAGCCUUCUGGUGUAAUAGCCGUACCGACUGGACCAGGCGAAUAUUUUACAACAGCUCACCCCGCGGAGCCGACACAGCCUGGCACCACCGAGAGUUGUGGCCGGUACUACAAGGUAGCAUCUGGGGAUACGUGCAACUCCAUCGCCCUUCGAUUUGGCAUUACCGUUCCCGAUUUCCAGGAUCUAAAUACACAGAUCUGGGAUAACUGUACCAACCUCUGGCUCGACUAUGAUGUCUGCGUGGCUCCUGUAUCCGCAACUACUGUGUCCGAGAAUGGCACAUGCGGGCCAUCUUACGCUAACACUAUCUGUGAAGGGUCCUCAUUUGGAGACUGCUGCUCCACGAGUGGAUACUGCGGAACCGGGGUUGAAUACUGCAGGCCUGGAAACUGUGUAUCCGGCGCAUGCGAACCUAAUAACGGGGCCACGACCAAUGGGACCUGUGGCCCAGACUGGGGCUAUACAACGUGCAGUAAUCCAAGCUUCGGCCGUUGCUGCUCCGUCUACGGAUACUGCGGCAACGGCAAGGAAUUUUGUGGGCCGGGACUAUGCUACUCCGGCGAGUGUGACCCAGACAUGGGAGGCCCGAGCAUUAAUGGAGAGUGUGGCCCCAGCUUUGCGGGGAGCAAGUCUUGUACUGGAACCCAGUUUGGAGACUGCUGCUCGGUGAAUGGGUAUUGUGGGAGCUCUGACGACUAUUGUGGUGCUGGGAGCUGUUACUCUGGUGCCUGCAAGUCUUAAAUGUAAGAGGGGGUGUAGUUACAUAUAUAUUGCCAUACACGAGAU